AUGAACAGCUUGGUGGCUACACCACCUGUGCCGCGUCACUUUUAUGAACAUUCUCGUUUCUCUCCCUCUCGCCCAAUGUCUACUCCGAGUCACACUCCCACCAACCGCAAGCGGAAAGCAGAUGAUGACAACAAUGAUUAUGAUAGCCGGAUGUCAGCUUCGCCUACGAACUCCCCAGCCUUCACUCCGAGAUCCUUGCCCUCGUCUCGACAACUGAAACGUGCUCGACCGAAUGUCGGUGGAAGGCCGCUCUCUCUCCCCCGUUUGCUGGAAACCCUGGACGCUGAUGCCCUCCGUGGUGUCCUUCGGACCAUAUGUAAUCGUCAUCCCAAUCUAGCUGAUGAAGUGGUCCAAACUGCUCCUCGUCCAAACGUUGCAUCCGCUCUUCACGUUCUUCGAAAUUAUCAAUCUGCUCUACAAUCAUCAUUCCCUCUGGGUGGCAGCCCCGAAUCCGAUUACGCCUAUAAUCGAGUCCGUCAACCUCUAGGACAGCUCCUCGAAGCUUUAGGCGACUUUACUCCACACUUUUUACCACCUAACGAAACACAACCUUCGAUAUCUUUGAGCUAUUUGGAUGAUGCCACGGAAAUCAUACAUUCUUUGCCGCGGUGGAGCUCACCUCAAAACAACGUAGAGCGGGACUCUGCUUAUGAUGAAAUUUGCAAGGCAUGGAUCCUAGUGAUCCGAGAGGCCGCUAAACGUGGAGGUGGGAUCCAAUUGCAGUAUGGAGGUUGGGAUCAGAAGCUAGCGAAGCAUAACCAGAACUCCGGCGGCAGACUGCAGGCGGCCGUCAACGACCUCGCGUCCAGCUUAGGGUGGAUGCACGGACCGGAAUCACAAGGCUUCGGGAGUCAAGGGGGCACCGAGUUUGGUUCCAUUCGAGAACAGCUUCUGUCGGGAACAUAUGGGCUUGGAACCCCGGUCAAAGUUGGACCAUGGUAA